AUACAUUUAAUGAAAAUAUUUACGAAAAAAAAUAAUUUGCCUUGCAGAUGACAAAACGACCGCUAGAACACAUCGACUCGGCUAUAAAACUUAAAACAUUGAAAUUGGACGACAACUAUGAGCCUAAAGAGGAUUCGAUUUUCGUAUCGUCCAGCCUCACCGCCGACGUGUCUGCCUCUCUUGUAUUCGACUAUGUGUUGUCGAAAUUCGUUAUCGAGCUGAGAAAAAACAAAAACGAAAGAGAAACCAGCGUAUGCUUAUCAGAACGCAACAUACAGGGCUUGAUAGAUAAACUGCCAAUGGCAAUAAAAAUUGCCGAAAAAUAUCAACAACGUCAGUCAUCGAGGUCGUUGGAUAUACCCUUCGAAAUUCCAGGGGAAGGGACAAACGAAAUGACGUUAAUGAUGAGCGUUAAAGAAAAUAAUUUCGGAAAGACAAGAAAGUUUCAAAUAGAUAUUCGCAAAUGUUCGAUGAUUGGCGACUCGAUCCGUUACACCAAGGAUGGUGUAAGAGUGGACCUGGACGAAGCCAAUUUAGUUUUUGACGAGCUCAAAAAAUAUAUUGAAAAAAUUGGAGGAGCGGUCAAGAAUUCCCAACAGCUACUUAAUACGGCGUAUUGUUUGUUGGCUGUUCAGAUGAUAGAGGUGAUUCACCAGGGGACAGAGUGCAACGGCUGCGCCACCGAACACCCUAGUCAGCGUGAACACAUGGGGACUGGGGGCUGUAUGCUGGAAUGGUCGGAUAAAGUCCAGCAAUCCUGGUUUACAGUUCAAGCAAUGAUUGAGGCACCAAGAGUGGUAGCCGUCUGCCAAUCCGCCAGUUCUCGCCUCCCAUCCGUGAACAGGAACUCAAGACCGAUUACAACCAAGGUGGAUGAAACCAAUCAGAGGAUGAAGUAGGAUGUAUAAUUGGCCACCUUUGAUACUGUGUGCCUUGACCAGUAUGUUCUUGAAACAGCAUAUACCAGAAUUGACAAUUAUAUGGCUGGAAACCCGGAAGAAAAUGAAGGAUUAUUCCAGGAACAGACAGCUGGUUAUCUGGUGUUGGGGCUAUCUUGGAAAGAAGUGAAGAGAUGUCUUACCAGCAUGUGCUGUAAAGCACAUAAGACAGUACUACCCAUCAGCACAAUUCAGUAGAUUUUGUGAUGGAAAUUUAACAUUUUCUAAUUGAAAAUGAUUUUAAGUGUAUUUGAUAAUUCAAGAUAAUACUGUGAAUAUCUUUUCCUUUUUAAAUAUGUUUUCAGAAGCAUGAAGAAAUCUUGUCAGCAAUGGACAAAACGAUUCAAUAUCAAAAGGAACUAUCUCAAGCUGCAGUUCAAUUCAAUUCAAACAACAAAACUAAAGACAUCCUAAGUGACUCCUUUUCAGAAAUAGCUAAAAUCACAUUGACUCCUUUUGAGAAUUCAAAAGAAAACGAUAUGAAAUAGGAACAUUUUAAACAUUUAUAUGUGUUGUUGUUUUUUGCUUUAUGUGUGUGUGUUUAAUGUUUUGAUUUAAAAGUAUCUUCCACUAA